UUUCAGUACGAGAAGCGUCACAGUUGCUGAGGAAGGUCAGACAGGAUACUGACAGGGUGAUCAGAGACACCCCCCACAUGCCAAAACGUGGGUCACUAGCGACAGAUCACACAUAUUCAAUGUUGGUAUAAUCGUGUAUCAGCAAACUGUGUGAUUAGCAUUUUAAUCCAUGCUGUGUGGACGGAUGAGGACUAGAUCCAAAAGAAGCGCACAUUUUCAACAUAGCUAUCGAUCGCCUGGCUAGCCAACAUGACUUCUUCUCCAACUGACGGAAGUGUUAGUGUCAAAACCGAAAGCCCAACUAGCUUCAAGUCAUAUUCCAUUACGGGGAAUAUUCAGCAGUUGUUAAGACAUGUAAAGGUGGAGAACCUAGUGGCAGGGCUGAGUGGGGGCGUAGUGUCUACGAUGGUCCUCCAUCCUUUGGAUUUAGUCAAAAUCAGGUUUGCAGUAAGCGACGGACUGGACUUGAGACCUAAAUACAAUGGCAUCAUCCACUGUAUGAGGAGUGUCUGGCAACAAGAAGGUCUGAGAGGGCUCUACCAAGGAGCUACACCUAACAUUUGGGGCGCUGGAGCCUCAUGGGGUCUCUACUUCUUCUUUUACAACGCCAUCAAAGCAUACACAAAGGAAGGUCGCCAAACGGAGCUGAGUGCCACAGAGCACCUGGUGUCCGCGGCUGAAGCAGGUAUACUGACUCUAACAAUAACCAACCCAAUCUGGGUUACCAAGACCAGGCUAAUUCUGCAAUACAACAGUGACCCUAGCAGCAAACAGUACAAGGGCAUGGUUGAUGCAUUGAUCAAGAUUUACCAGCAGGAGGGAGUGCGUGGACUAUACAGAGGGUACAUCCCUGGAUUGUUUGGGACGUCUCAUGGAGCACUCCAGUUUAUGGCCUAUGAAGAGCUGAAGAGAGACUACACCAAAUACAAGAACAUGGCUCCAGAGCAGAAGCUGAACCCACUGGAAUACAUCACAAUGGCAGCCCUAUCCAAAAUAUUUGCUGUGGCGACGACGUACCCUUACCAGGUGGUCCGGGCUCGACUGCAGGACCAGCACAACAAAUACAAUGGCGUCACAGAUGUCAUCAGACGGACGUGGAGGAACGAAGGUGCCCGGGGCUUCUACAAAGGCAUAGGGCCCAACGUGAUCCGCGUCACUCCCGCUUGCUGCAUCACCUUUGUGGUGUACGAGAACGUGUCUCGCUUACUGCUGGGUCAGUACAAGUGAGUAACGGGUGCAAAGGACACAACAAAACCGAGACAUGGGUCUGGAGCUGGCCAAGCACCGCUGUGGGAGAGGCACUUGGACCGAGGCGCCAAAGUGGGCAGACAUAGCUGGAGAGACCUGCUUACACUUAUGAACUCCUUAUAUUGCCAGGAGCAACAAGAGACUCCCUGCUGUGGGGUUACACCCGGACGAGACUGGAUGAGAUGGGAGCGUAGAUGUAUUUUGAGAUACUCUUUGAAAUGCGAAUGUUUCUAUCCUAAACAGGGUUAUUGAGUUACAACAACUAGCAUCUGAAAUUAUAGAUGCUAGUUGUUGUAACAUCGGCCUCUUGAAAUUAGAGAGGGCGAGAGCCUUGAACAUCAGUGCAAAAUACAUGCCUUUCAUUCUGAGUUGCAACGAUUUCUUCCUGGAAUUGAAGAUUAACCGUAACAAAUUUCCAAUCAUCCUUUAACAACAUCAAAACGCAACCUUUGGUCUCAGGUUUUUAGUUGCUUUCAAACAGCUUAUUAAUUUAUAUAUCAAACAUUUGGGUUGCUUUUUAAUUAAUUACAGGAUUUUCUUUACAAAAAUGUGUAUUUAUUUCCUCCUUGGUUGACGCAUUAAGAAUUUGUGUGGGAAUAUAAUUUUAAUAUGUGUCUUUUUAAUUUCAUUUUUUAUAACCGAUACCUGCUCAUUUGGAAAUACAGCAAAUACAUAUCGC